UGAGGGGGUGGCAGGGGCAGGGUUUGGAGAGGUUUUAGAAUUUUGAUAUUCCCUUUCUUCUUUCUCUAUCAGCCUCCACCCUCAUAUAUUUUACUAUAUAAAGCCGCCAUUGCUUCUUCUCACCCCCCAUUCUCUCAUCCAUUCUUUUCCUCCCUCCCUCCCUCCCUCCCUCAUUCAUAUUUUCCCUUCUCCCUAUCCCCUCUCUCUUUUGUGUGUUCGCUCAUGCUUUUUGCACCUCCUUCCUUUUUUCCCUCUUGUAUGAGAAAGAACGCCUUUUAGUGGAUAAGGUUGGUUGGAUUCAUACUAUUCUUAAUUUGGGAAACAGUUUCCUUGGCUAAGUCUUUUCCUUAGACUCUUGUUAGUGGAGGUGAAGCAUAUACAAAGAUGAAAUACGUGUUGGUGACAGGUGGAGUUGUUAGUGGGCUGGGCAAAGGAGUCACUGCAAGCAGUAUUGGUCUUAUUCUUAAGGCUUGCGGUCUUCGUGUUACCUGCAUUAAGAUUGAUCCUUAUUUGAACACUGAUGCUGGCACAAUGUCUCCUUUUGAGCAUGGAGAAGUAUAUGUCUUGGAUGAUGGUGGAGAGGUGGACCUGGACCUCGGAAACUAUGAGCGUUUUCUAGGUAUUAAGUUGACCCGCGACAACAAUAUAACUACGGGAAAAAUUUACCAGUCUGUUAUUAAUAAGGAGAGAAGAGGGGAUUAUUUGGGAAAGACUGUUCAGGUUGUCCCUCACAUUACAGAUGCGAUUCAAGAGUGGAUAGAACGUGUGGCUGUCAUACCAGUUGAUGGCAAGGAUGGUCCACCAGAUGUUUGUGUCAUAGAACUGGGUGGCACAAUAGGAGAUAUUGAAUCAAUGCCAUUUAUUGAAGCAUUAGGACAGUUCUCAUAUCGUGUAGGUGCUGGUAAUUUUUGCUUGAUACAUGUCAGUCUUGUGCCUGUUUUGAGUGUAGUUGGUGAGCAGAAAACAAAACCUACUCAGCACAGUGUUAGAGGUUUGAGAAGCCUGGGAUUGACUCCCAACAUUUUAGCAUGCCGGAGCACAAUGGAACUUGAUGAGAAUGUCAUAGAGAAAAUUUCCCGGUUUUGCCAUGUUCCGGUAGAUAGCAUUAUUACUCUUUAUGAUGUCUCAAACAUUUGGCGCAUUCCUUUGCUUUUAAGAGAGCAGAAGGCACAUGAAGCAAUUCUGAAAGUCCUGAACUUAAAAGGUGUUGCGCGAGAACCUGCCUUGGGAGAAUGGACAUCUCGGGCUGAACUCUGUGACAAGCUACACGAGCCUGUUAGAGUAGCCAUGGUAGGAAAGUACACUGGGCUUUCAGAUGCGUACCUCUCUGUACUGAAGGCUCUUGUGCAUGCCUGUGUAGCUUGCCACAGGAAACUUUGUAUAGAUUGGAUUGCAGCCAGUGACCUUGAGGAUGAAACUUCCAGAGAGAAUCCUGAGAAUUAUAGAAGUGCUUGGAAGUUGUUGAAGGGGGCAAAUGCUAUCCUAGUCCCUGGAGGAUUUGGUGACAGAGGUGUGGAGGGUAAAAUCCUCGCUGCUAGAUAUGCCCGUGAAAACAGGAUUCCUUUCCUUGGUAUAUGUCUAGGAAUGCAAAUUGCUGUUAUUGAGUUUGCUCGAUCUGUUCUUGGAUUGCUAGACGCAAACAGUACAGAAUUUGAUCCCAACACUCAGAAUCCAUGUGUCAUUUUUAUGCCGGAGGGUUCAAAAACUCAUAUGGGUGGUACGAUGCGUCUUGGAUCUAGGAGAACAUAUAUUGAAGUUGCCGAUUGUAGAUCUGCAAAAUUAUAUGGAAACCAGAGCUUUGUAGAUGAGAGGCACCGACACAGAUAUGAGGUGAACCCUGACAUGGUGCAGCAACUUGAAGAUGCUGGUCUUUCUUUCACUGGCAAAGAUGAAAGUGGUCGCCGCAUGGAGAUUGUUGAGCUGCGGAAACAUCCCUACUUCAUCGGAGUGCAAUUUCAUCCAGAAUUUAAAUCAAGGCCAGGAAAACCUUCUGCCCUGUUCCUAGGGCUUAUUGCCGCAGCAACUGGGCAGCUCGAAACUUUGUUGAAGAAGGGUGUUCCCCAAACAUGGGGGUUGAGCAAUGGUACAUCAGGACUAAAAUCACAUCGAUAUGUCAAUGGGACAAAGCUUGCUAAUGGAUCAUUAGAUGGCAUUUGCUGCAAUGGAAAUGGUAUACAUGUCUAAAGGAAACAGUAACUGACGUUGUGGGCGCUUGGCCCUGAGUUUCUUACAAUUUUGCUACUGCAUUUCUUCUAUUUGGUAUGUAUAGGCAUACGAGAGCAGUAGGUUUUUACAGCUUCUCUAAUUAAGGCUAUAAAGGGUAGAGCUGGAUUCCGGUCUUUUUAUACGGAACAGCCCAUCGGAGCUGCAGCACUCUUGUGGAAAUGAGAGGGACAAUGCUAUUACGUUCAAAUCUGAUUUCAUCUGGGAUGUACAUUAGAGUGCUAGCGAAAGAUUGGAGUCUGGUUUGUGUCCAGUUUGUAUUCAGCUAUAUAGCUUUCCUACUAUACAUGGGACGUUGUAGGAAAGCUGAAUGAAACUUGCGGCUGUAAACCAGCAAAGUAGCUUGAUAGAAGGUAUUGAAGCUGCGGCUGAAUAGAAUGUGUUUUUGGUUAUUUUGUAUCUUUUUCCUUUUCGAGGAAUGGAUUCUGUUUUUCAGUCCUCUAGACUUCUUAUUUGUAACCGUUCUACGCUAUUAAUUUUUAAUUUUAAUGCUCUCCAUUCUGCUGCGAAAA